UUGGCCGCGUAUAAUUUCCGCUUCGUAAGCCCUUUGCUUAUUACAAGGAAGGAUUUGCCUCUUGUACAGCUCUGCGUGCCACACCCUGUGGAGUUUCGGUGGUGUUGGGGUCGAGGGUUUUUGGAAUCCGAAGCAUCCCUGGUGGAAAAUCCUAGGAGGGCUGCGUGGAGGAAGCGCCUCCAAAGCUGCUAGAUGCUCCGGCCCCUUUCGGCCAACUGCUAGUUAGGUCUGGAGUAGUACAGCAAGACCUGUGGAACUGAAGAUUAGAGGGUUAAUACUUUGCCAACCCUCGCGCCGAAAUUCGAAGGAAAGGGCCGCUGAUGUCCCGGAAACGUCUCCACUGCAGAGAUUUUUGAAAGACACGAAGAAAGACAGCAGAAUAGGAGUCAGGAGCUUUGCCUGUUGACUGACGUGUGGACUUGCAUCUUGAGCGCCCUGGAUGUGACAGCCGUCAUCGAGCCAUGUCUGCUGAGGUCAUCCACCAAGUGGAGGAGGCCCUUGAUGACGAGGAUAAGGAGGUGAUGCUUUUCUUAUGCCGCGAUGUUGCUGCAGACGUAGCUCCACCUGAUGUCAGAAACCUUUUGGACAUUUUGAGUGAGAGAGGGAAGCUGUCUGAUGUGGACUUGGCUGAGUUGCUCUACAGAGUGAGGCGGAUUGACCUGAUCAAGAGGAUCUUGAAGAUGGACAGGAAGGCAGUGGAAGACCACCUGACCAUGCACCCUCGCCUUGUUUCUGACUAUAGGGUGCUAAUGAAUGAGAUUGGCGAGUGUUUGGAUAACUCUGAUGUAGCCUCGUUAAUUUUCCUACUGAAGGAUCAUCUGUGCCGAGGCAAGAUGUCCAGCAAGAGGAGUUUCUUGAAGCUUGUGGUCGAAUUGGAGAAACAAGAUCUGCUAGCUCCAGAUCAAUUGGAUUUACUCGAAGACUGCCUAAAGAGCAUCCACCGAAUAGACCUGAAGACGAAGAUUCAGAAGUUCAAGCUGUCUGCUCAAGGAGAAGAUGCUAAAUAUACCAAGGUUCUUCCGGCUUCUCUCCCAAAGCUGAGUCUUACUGAUUCUGCACAUAACUUAAGGUUCCAGAAUGGGAAAAAUGAAGAGAAAAGAAUCACUGUGGAGCAACAAGCAAUUCAAAGAGUACCAGUGAAGACAUCCAUUCGGGAACUAGCACCAUCUCAGACCAUGGUGGAAAAGAGAUACAGGAUGCAGAGCAAGCCCCUGGGAAUCUGCCUGAUCAUUGAUUGCCUCUGCAGUGAUACAAAGUUUCUUCAGGAUACCUUCACUUCCCUGGGCUAUAAGGUCUCCCAUUUUGUCUGUCACAAUGCACAACAGAUAAAGAAUACUCUUCAGGAAGUGGCCUGGAUGCCUCAACACAGAGACUAUGACAGUUUUGUAUGUGUCCUGGUGAGCCAAGGAGACUUCCACAAUGUGUUUGGCAAGGAUGAGACUUCCUCGGGGUUACCUUUGGAUCAGAUCAAGAGGAUCUUCAUGGCAGAUGCAUGCCCAUCCCUCUUAGGGAAGCCAAAGAUCUUUUUUAUUCAGAACUAUCUGGUGUCACAGGGCCACCAUGUCAACAGCAGCUCCCUGGAGGUAGAUGGACCAUCUGUGAGAGUUGUGGACUCCAGCGCCCAGCACUCCAACCUGGUUCACCGAGAAGCUGACUUCUUCUGGAGCGUGUGCAGAGCAGAUGUGUUUUUGCUGAAGCAGCCCUCUGGCUCACGGUCGCUGUACCUGCAGAACCUCUCCCAGAAGCUGAGGGACAAAAAAAAAUGCCCCCUCGUUGAUCUUCAUAUUGACCUCAACUGCAGCAUGUAUCACUGGAACAGCAAAGUGUCUGAAAAGGAGAAGUACUAUGUCUAUCUGCAGCACACGCUGAGAAAGGAACUCAUUCUCUCUUCCAUACUGAAGCCUUCAGAAAGCCCUCACUUCUUUCAAUAAAACAAGCUCUACUUCUA